AUGCUGUAUCUCAAAAGUAAAGUCGAAAGUAAAGAAAAUACAGGCCUGGAUAUCAUUACAAGAAGGUGUCAAACUACACUAACACUUCAUUCUUGUUUUUUCUUCCUGCAGAAAUGCAUCGAAUGCAGCAGCUGCAAAGGGAGCAACCAACAUCUGAAGAGAAACUACCAGGGAAGUAGUGAGCAAACUCCAGCAUUCAAAUCCUGCAGUGAGGACCGACUGAUAGAAAAGAAGCAAAGCCCAACCAGUGGGAGGAAGUAUUCCAAGAAGGCCACAGAUUAUGACGAUGAGAGUGAGGGUCAGGCUGACACUGGGCAGGGUAAAGGUCCCCAGAGCAGAUGUUACAGCUGUGGCCGCAGAAAGAGCAAGCAGGACGAUGAGUGUUGUGGGGAUCGUGGCAGUAAAGGUACCCGUGCCGCCAAGGACAGGUCAGACCAGCACUACUUUGACACCAGGAUCAGUGACAUCACCUCAAAGCACCUUCAGGAGAAGAGCCUCUUCCCAUGGAACGCGGAGCAGAGCGGCAGGGUGUGGACCCGGCAGAGCUCUCUGCUUCUUCCCUAUGAGUGGGAGGAUGACUGUGAGAUGAUCGACUGGGUGAUUGACCAGUACGUACAGGAGGACAGCAGCAUCUCUGCCUUCUACAAGGGCAGGCUCAUCCUGACCCUGAAGGACGCUCUGGGAAUCACCACCGUGACUGCUGAUGCAGGGAACCUCCCGAGAAGCCUCCAGGGUCACCAGUUUGAAGCAAACAUCCCCAUCAUCCCAGAGUACUGCUUCCCGGAAUCUUCGACUGAUUGCCAGCCAUGUGAGGAAGAAUGCGACAGAGAGCCCCAGACCCCACAAGACCCCAGCCCUGCGGCACUCUGUGACAGCGCAGCACAGACAGCUGGGCAAUCUGAUGAAAGCCACCCAGCCAGUGAAGAACAGUAUUACCAGGCGAACAUGUGGAAACAAUGUCACGCCAACGUGAUGAAUCGAUGCCAGGACAAUGUGGGCCAACAAUGCCAGGAGGACGAUGUUGGCCAACAAUGCCAGGAGGACCAUGUUGGCCAACAAUGCCAGGACCAUGUGGGCCAACAAUGCCAAAACAAUGUGUGUCAACAAUGCCAGGACCAUGUGGGCCAACAAUGCCAGGACCAUGUGGGCCAACAAUGCCAAGACCAUGUGGGCCAACAAUGCCAGGACCAUGUGGGCCAACAAUGCCAAAACAAUGUGUGUCAACAAUGCCAGGACCAUGUGGGUCAACAAUGCCAACAAUGCCAGGACCAUGUGGGCCAACAAUGCCAAGACAAUGUGGGCCAACAAUGCCAGGACAAUGCAGUCCAACGAUUCCAAGACAGUGCAGUCCAAACAUGCCCGGAGAAUGUGGGCCAAAGAUGCCAUUGCAAUGCGGUGAAACCAUGCCAGGACAAUGCAGUGAAGCCAUGCCAGGACAAUGAUGCGGUGAAACCAUGCCAGGAUGCGGUGAAACCAUGCCAGGAUGCGGUGAAACCAUGCCAGGAUGCGGUGAAACCAUGCCAGGAUGUGGUGAAACCAUGCCAGGAUGUGGUGAAACCAUGCCAGGAUGCGGUGAAACCAUGCCAGGAUGCGGUGAAACCAUGCCAGGAUGCGGUGAAACCAUGCCAGGAUGUGGUGAAACCAUGCCAGGAUGUGGUGAAACCAUGCCAGGACAAUGCGGUGAAACCAUGCCAGGAUGUGGUGAAAACAUGCCCAGACAAUGUAGUGAAGCCAUGCCAGGACAAUGUGGGCCAAAGAUGCCAGUGCAAUCCGUGCCAGGAUGUGGUGAAACCAUGCCAGGAUGUGGUGAAACCAUGCCAGGAUGUGGUGAAACCAUGCCAGGAUAUGGUGAAACCAUGCCAGGAUGAGGUGAAACCAUGCCAGGAGAACGUGGUGAAACCAUGCCGGGAUGUGGUGAAACCAUGCCAGGAUACAGUGAAACCAUGCCAGGAUGUGGUGAAACCAUGCCAGGAUGUGGUGAAACCAUGCCAGGAUGUGGUGAAACCAUGCCAUAUGGUGAAACCAUGCCAGGAUGUGGUGAAACCAUGCCAGGAUGUGGUGAAACCAUGCCAGGAUGCGGUGAAACCAUGCCAGGAUGCGGUGAAACCAUGCCAGGAUGCGGUGAAACCAUGCCAGGAUGCGGUGAAACCAUGCCAGGAUGCGGUGAAACCAUGCCAGGAUGCGGUGAAACCAUGCCAGGAUGUGGUGAAACCAUGCCAGGAUACGGUGAAACCAUGCCAGGAUGAAGCCAUGCCGGUGAAACCAUGCCAGGAUGCGGUGAAACCAUGCCAGGGUGAAACCAUACAGUGA